CCCGCCUCACAUCCCACUCCACGGCUUCUUCAUCAGAGCCUCCCUCUACCCCGAUCGUCAAGAUGCCUCCUCCCCCGCCUCCGGCCGAAAAAGACGAGUCGCACCAAAAACUCCUCGAUCAGAUGGACAUUUACUACGCAGUCAAGCCGUUUCGCAAUCCCACCUGGAAACCCAGCACGCGCCGAAACAAAAACACCAAGCAGAUCAUCUCCGAGUCCCAGCGACGAGAAGCCUCCGUUCUCGCGACACAAAACAAUUCUGGCGCCUCCACCCCAUUACCUGCGACGGGGGUCACUUCAGACGGCGCUACAACCCCCGCCUACACCACAGCCAACUCCAAGCCCGUCAAUAUGGCGCAGGCGACUCAGAGCCUCAGCACGCUGGUGCUCGAGCGUAACUUGCAGCGGGCAGCCAACGCGUUGAGUGCGCCCAAUGGGGGUCCGGUCAACGGCGGGAGUGGUAUGAUGGGAGGGCCCUUGGUCACAUAUACCAACAUCGAGAGUGCCCCUAGCCUUCAUCCCGCCAACCAUCGCCACUAUUGCGAUGUGACGGGGCUGCCGUCCAAAUACACCGACCCCAAGACCAAGCUGAGAUACUACGACAAAGAAAUCUUUGCUGUGGUCAGGUCAUUGCCCCAGGGUGCCCCAGACCAGUAUCUGGCAGCUAGAGGGGCCAACGUGGUGCUAAAAUGAAUGAGACUGGGUAUGGAAAGAAACAUGAUCUUUACAAGCAUGACAUUGGCAUUCAUGAAUCACGCAUUAUCUCAGGCCAUGUCCCAAGGCAGCUGUCAGUUCAGCCUAGUCAAGCCCAUUCCACCCGCUGCACAUCUCUCGACGUGCAGUUCAAGAAGACGCUCCGGCUUAAUUGUGAACUGUCUACAAGGUUGAUCUUCGCCGGUAUGACACGAUACCGAAUCUUCAUGGCGAAGCAGAUUCAGUUACAGCUUCUUGAAGAAGCUGUGGUCAUGGCGCUGCGAUGGUUAUGGUCGACCCAAUGCAGGGGCGACGUGCUUGUCCUUGAUAGGCCUGUGGUCGAUACCACGGCGACACUCGACCUCACCAACAUCUAAUAUCCACCUGAGGAUAUCUUUUUACCCGAUGGGCAUAGGUUGGAUUAGACUUGAUACAGUAGGAUCUUACAUGACAUGGCGGACUGAUUGCUUGCACGUAUUUGCUGCGCAGGGGCGGAAGCAUCGAGACGUCGACAGCCAUAUCGUACGGCAUGUAUAUCUGCCCUGGUUGAUUGUCAUGGAAACAGGGUGACGUCGGGGUUGAGUCGGGUGCUUUGGUUGCUGAAAGACACAAAGAAAUAAAAAUUGGUGCUUGCCUCAUAUUGAGAAGAGAUGAGAAUGUGGCUUAAUCGCCCAAAAGGGGAUUGUGUGGCUCAG